AUGAGAUUAUUAAUACUAUUCAGUGUAUUUGCUGUUUUUGUAACAGCUUUCCCAUUAUUAGAUUUAAUUCCAGAAUUUAGAUCUACAUUUAACCAACUCAUAAAUUCCAAUAUUUUUCAAAUAAAUUUACAAGAUAAUAAAGAUAGAUUAAUUAAAUUAGGUCCAAAUGAAUUUAAAAUUGUAUCAGAAAUUGAAAAAUUAAAUUUAAAAAGACAAAAUAAAAAUUUUAUUGAUUUAACUAAUCAAAUUAGUAUUGAAAAAGCAAUUGAAGAUGGUUUAAUUAAUAAACCAACUACUUCAAUUUGGGACAGGUUUUUUUUAAUUGGAGCUAAACAAAUUAAAACUUUAAAAAAUCCAAUCCCUGUUUAUAAUUAUCCUACAGAAUUAUCUUAUACAAAAGAAGUUAAAUCAUUAUUUGAGCUAAUUGAUAUUGAUUUAGUUUUUAAAAAAUUAACUAAAUUUUCUUCAUUUUUUACAAGAUAUUAUAAAUCUCAACAUGGGUUUGAUAGUGCUAAUUGGUUAUAUGAUCAAUUAAAUAAAUUAAUAUCUGAAUUUAAAGAAAUUUCAAUAACAAAAAUUCAUCAUGAUGGUUGGGAUCAAUUUUCAAUAAUUGUUUCAAUACCUGGUGAAUUAAAAGAUAAAGUUAUUGUUGGAGCUCAUCAAGAUUCUGCUAAUUUAAUAUUACCUAAUAUUAUGAGAGCUCCUGGUGCAGAUGAUGAUGGAUCAGGUACAGUAACAACUUUAGAAUCUUUAAGAGUUUUAUUACAAGCUUAUAAAGACAAAACAUUUAAACCUUAUAAUACAUUAGAAUUUCAUUAUUAUUCAGCAGAAGAGGGUGGAUUAUUAGGAUCUGUUGACGUAUUUUCAAGAUAUUCAGCUCAAAAUGAAACAGUUGUUGGAAUGUUACAACAAGAUAUGACUGGUUAUACUCAAGGUAGUAUAGAUAAAGGAAUUGAACCACAUUUUGGUUUAAUAUCGGAUUAUACAAGUAUUGAAUUAAAUGAAUUUUUAAAAUUAAUUAUAAAUAAUUAUAAUAAUAUACUGUAUUUAGAAACUCAAUGUGGUUAUGCAUGUUCUGAUCAUGCUUCAGCUUUAGAAAAUGGUUAUCCUUCAAGUUUUUUAAUUGAAAGUGAUUUUAAAUAUACUAAUAAAUUUAUUCAUUCAAAUUUAGAUACUAUUGAUAGAUUAGAUUUUGAUCAUAUUAAAGAACAUAUAAAAUUAACAAUUGCUUAUGCUUAUGAAUUAAGUUUAGCUAAAAAAUUAUAUUAA